UAUCCUCUUUAUUUAUUUAUAUUAAUAAGUUAACAGUCUCAUAAUCCAAUAAACUUCUUCUGUACCCUUUAUGGGAUCUGGGGCUUCUUUAAUUUCUCAAAGAAAACCAAGUACCCAAGCACACAACUCUUCUUUUCCUGCUCUCAAAGAUGACAACUUUUCAUCAUUAAAGCUCAAGGCCUUACUUUGAUAAAUGAGUUUCGGUCCCAUCUCUUGAGCUUUGAAGCAGAUUUUCAAAUCUGGGUACUUCUCAUUUUUUUUACAAAACCCGACAAACAUUUGUUUUUGUAUGUAUUAACUUGUAGGUUUUUACCCCAGAUCUUGCAAUGGUCUGAAACUCUUGAGUAAAGCUGUUUUUUCUUUUGUUGGGGGGGGGGGUCUUUAUAAAGGGUAGAAAAUGGCUUAUAGCUUAGAGCAAAGGUUUUGGUGUCAGCGAGUUUUAAGGUUUGGGUUUGCAUUUGUAUGUGUGUGUUUGGGUGGGUACAUUGUUGGUCCGACAUCACUGUUGUGGCGUUUGAAGGACAAGUCAAGACCUCAGGUCUCAUGUCUUCCUUGUGUUUGUGAUUGCUCCUCCCAUACAGAUGACUUUUUUCUAACACCAGGAUUAGCCGACAACACAUACUCAGGUUGUGGCCAAAACGAUCCUGAUUUAAACCAAGAACUGGAGAAGGAUACUGUGGCCUUACUCUCCGAGGAGAUUGCAUUACAGAAGAUCGUAAGCAAAGAAACCAUGGACCGCACCUCGGCACUAACAAUGGAUGCCAAAAGAGCCUCCUCACACUACCAGAAAGAAGCUGAAAAGUGCAAUGCAGGUGUAGAAACAUGUGAGGAAGCCAGGGAAUGGGCUGAAGCUCAACUCAGAGAGGAGCUCAAGCUGACUGCCUUAUGGGAGCAACGAGCUCGGCAACUCGGCUGGAAAGAUCGAAAAAGGGCAUAUACUUGACUGUCUAUAUAUAUGUACAAACUCAUUUUUUGUUCAUUUUCUAUUAGAAAUGCAAAUGCUUCAUCCUCUUCCACUUGCAUUCAAUGUUGUUGGCUUUUUUAAUUAAACAAAGGCAGUGAAAGCAUUCUAGAUA